CCCGGCACCAUGCAUUCCCUGGAGGAGCCCCUGGACCUCAAGCUGAGCAUCUCCAAGCUGCGAGCUGCCCGUGAGAAGCGGGGCCCCUCCGGCCCCCGGCCCCGCGCUCCCCAGCGCCCGGACACCCCGCCGGCCGGGGAUGGCCGAGGGGGCAGCCGGGGGAGUCGCCGGGCCGUGCCAGCCCCGCCGUCCCCCGGGCUCCUGGGACACUCCAGGCUGGUGGAGCCGCGGGAUGGACGCUUCCCGGCCGCCGUGCCAGUGGUGGACCUCAGCCUCUCGCCCCGCUCCGGGGGGGAGUCUCCGGCUGGCAGUGCCUCGCUGUCCCCUGAGCGCCAGGGCAGCGGGGACCUGCCCGGCCCCCUCACCCCACACGUAAGUACGGCCGAUUUCCAGUCCCUGCGCUACAUCGAUGGCCUCCCCAGCUCCUUCCAGUUCUUCCUGCCGCUGGGGGCUGGGGGCGCCCUGCACCUGCCCCCCGCCGCCUUCCUGCCCCCCAGCAAGGAGAAACGGCUCCCCCCCGAGCUGCCUCUGCCCAAGCAGCUCGUCUGCCGCUGGUCCAAGUGUAACCAGUUCUUCGACCUCCUGCAAGACCUGGUGGACCACGUCAAUGACUUCCAUGUCAAACCCGAGAAGGACGCGGGGUACUGCUGCCACUGGGAGGGCUGUGCCCGCCAUGGCAGGGGCUUCAAUGCCAGGUACAAGAUGCUGAUCCACAUCCGGACGCACACCAACGAGAAGCCGCAUCGCUGCCCCACCUGCAACAAGAGCUUCUCCCGCCUGGAGAACCUGAAAAUCCACAACCGCUCGCACACAGGUGAGAAGCCCUACAUCUGCCCCUACGAAGGCUGCAACAAGCGUUACUCCAACUCCAGCGACCGCUUCAAGCACACCCGCACCCACUACGUGGAGAAGCCCUACUCCUGCAAGAUGCCGGGCUGCCACAAGCGCUACACCGACCCCAGCUCCCUCCGCAAGCACAUCAAAGCCCACGGCCAUUUUGUGUCCCCCGAGCACCCGGAGAUGCUCAAGGUCCACCCGCCUCCCAAAACGCCCCUGGGCUCGGCGGAGGUGCCCUACGUUAACGGGGCGCAGCUUGUCAUCCCCAACCCCGCCGCCCUCUUCGCUCCGCCGGGGCUGCCGGCGCUGCCCAUCCCUUUGGCACCGGCACCGCUCGACCUCAGCGCCCUGGGCUGCGGGGCUGCGGGCGCCCUGCCCGCUCUGCCCGGCCCCGUCCUGCCCCUCAACGGCGGCCCCUUGAACUUGGCCAAGAGCCCGCUGCUGCCCUCGCCCUUCGCGGCGGGGCUGGGGCUGCCCGUCAUGUCGCUGCUGGCCGGCGGGGCCAAGGCCGAGGGCGAGAAGGGCGGCGGGGUUGAGGGGCGGCCGCCCAAGGCGGGCAAGGGGCUGGAGAGCCGGAAGGAGAGGGGCGAAAGGACGGAGCCGGGGCGGCCGCGGGUGCCCCCGGAGAGCCUGGCACUGCUGCCGGGGGCCGUGCUCGACCUCUCGGCCGGCGUCAGCUCGGGGGGCAGCCCCGAGGCUCUGCCCCCCGGCUGGGUGCUCAUCCCCCCCGGCUCCCUGCUGCUCAAACCCGCCGCUGUCAACUGA